AUGCAUUCAACCCAACGCCGUUUGAACCCCAUUAUGCAAGAUGUUGUUAAAGCUGAAGUUGUGAAAUUUCUUGAUGCGGGUAUUGUCUAUGCUAUAGCGGACUCUAAGAGGGUGAGUCCAGUUCAGAUGUUAGAGGGAUUGGCCUGUCAUAAGUACUUUUGCUAUUUGGAUGGUUAUUCUGGGUUUUUUCAAAUUUCCAUACAUCCAGAUGAUCAGGAAAAGACCACAUUUAUAUGUCCAUAUGAGUCAAUCAUGGAAGUUUUCGUGGAUGAUUUGAGUGUGUAUGGUACUUCUUUUGAUACACGCUUAAUCAAUUUGACUAAAGUUCUAAAGAGUUGUGAAGAAUGUAACUUGGUGUUGCAUUGGGAAAGUGUCAUUUCAUGGUAA